AUGGGUAAAUAUGACCACUGGAAGGAGCACCCAUUCAGCCCCAAUGCUUUGAACCCUCUGAGCGGCAGUGCCAGCCUGUCCCCUGCUAUGUCCAAAACCACUGCUGGUGGACAGAGCGAUCAGGUGGCAAUGAGACUGCAAAGGACCGACCCUAGUGACAGGUUUCACCCUUUCCCGUACUAUGCGCUGAUCAUGCUGCUGCAAACAGGUGCCAAGGCCUCCCUGCCACUGCCUGGUCUCCCCACAGGUGUCAUGGGUGCCUCCAAAGGUACCCUCAAUCUUGUGAACUCUGUGAGGGCACCACAGAAAUCAGCAGCUCUGAGUCAGCUCUCCCAGUCAACCAAGGCUCGAUUUGCCUACGGGCUGAGGAGAUACUACAGCAAGAGCAUUCUUGAUGAGAGAAAUGAUUAUUGCCCUCUCUCAGAGAACGGUGUUUGUACUAAGAGCACACCCUUAAAGGAUGUGACAGUUGCAGUGAUUAUACUCUUAGAGAUUCUCCUAGGAGCACUGGGAAAUUUCUCUCUUCUUUGCCAUUACUUACUCCUUAACUGCACUGAAGCCCGGGUGAGAACCACAGACUUGAUUCUCAUGCACAUGACUAUAUCCAACUCUUUGCUCAUUGCCUCACAAGGAGUCCCCCGGGCACUGGCAACUUUUGGGCUCAAAUAUUUCUUCACUGAAUUGGGAUGUGAUCUUCUUUUGUAUGUUCUGAGAGUGGGCAGGGGCAUGUCCAUUGGCACCACCUGCCUCUUGAGUGUCUUCCAGGCCAUUAUGAUCAGCCCCAUGAACUCCUGCUGGAAGGAUCUGAAAGUCAAAGCUCCCCAGUAUGUCACAUGUUCCAUUGCCUUGUGCUGGAUUUAUUAUAUGACAGCUAAUCUUUUUUUUCCUCUGCACAUAUUUUAUGUAUCUAAUGAAUGGAACAUAAAAAACAUCACAAAGAGAAUAGAUUUUGGAUUCUGUAGUAGUACUGAUGUUGAGGAAGUCUCUGGAGUAGUCUAUUCAGCAUUGAUUGUGUUCCCUGAAGUUGUGUGUUCUGUGCUCAUAGUCUGGACCAGUGGCUCUAUGAUUCUCUUCCUGUACAGGCACAAGCAAAGACUCCAACACAUUCAUAGCAGUCAAGUUUCUUCCAGAUCUUCAGCUGGGUCCAGAGCCACCCAAAGAAUACUCGUUCUGGUGAGCGCCUUUGUGUGUUUUCACACAAUCACCUCUAUCUUUUAUAUGUGUUUGCAUCUAGUUGAUUAUGAUGCAUUGUUGGUUAAUAUUGCAAAUAUUAUAUCUGUGUGUUUUCCUGCUGUGAGCCCCUUUCUGGUUAAAAAACAUGCGGGCCUGGAGACAGAAGGCAGCCUGGAAAAUAAUGCACACACAUGCAUGUCACAAGAAGAGGUUUUGGAAGAGUUCCCCAUGUUACCAUACACUCCUAUUAGCCAACCAACAGCUUCAAAUCACUUCGUGGAGCUCUGGAAAAUCAAAGGGGAAGACCCUUAUUCCUUUUCAAGCAUUUUAUCUGAAGAAAAAUGUCACACUUGGAAGCGAGGAGACUGGGGCAUCAUCCAGGCCUUGGAAGGGGCUUCAGGGUGGAACGCUUCCUUUCUUGCUUCCAUCCUGAAGCCAAGGAAGGUCCUCACCACCAAGUCCCUGGUUCUCGAGCCCCAAGCAAGUACAUAUGCUCUCAGCCACGCCCAGAGCAGAAGUGAAGAUUGUUGA